AUGUCCGGCAAGAGAAUCCUUGACGCAAUUGCCCUCCUCAAUGCCUCUCGCAACAUCGCACUCAAGCAUGUCGACAUCCGGUUUUCCCAAGUCAAGCUCUAUGGCCAGACAUCCUCGGUUGUCAAGGCACUGAGAAAUCGAGCCUUGCCGGCGUUGGCUACUUCGGUGUCACGAUUUGCCUCCUCGCAACCCCCGUCCAGACCACCGAAAGAGGGCUUGAACCAAGAUCACUUUUACGAACGCUCGGAGCAGAACUCGACUGCUCAGGCUGCGCCAGAUGGCAACCUUGAUGUCCAACAAGCAGAGGCAAAGAGAUCUCCUCUUCCUGACGGAACGAUACCCACGGAGGGAAGCCCAAUUGGGCAAGAGAUGGGUGAUGGAAUGAGUUUCAACAAGACACCUGCUGGGGAGACGCCGCAGCAUCCCCUCGAAGGAGGCGGCGCUCAGGAGCUACACCCGGAGUCUCUAUCACAGUCAACCAUACCAGAUCCUACAAGCCGACAGCCACUGUCACCAGAUGAAGCCCGAAGGCUCCAGCGCCAAUCUGAGGACCAAAUCCCUGCAAGGCCAGCCGAACCUCCUACGGGAGAAGAAGCAGAAUUUGGGGUCGGUCAAGAACAGGACGUCUUCUAUCAGCCUCCGGAUACUGCGAAGCCUGUUUUGUCAGCACUUCCACGAGUAAAAGUCCCGAAAUCGGAAAAUGAUAUCCAAGAAGGCAUCUCGCAUAUUCCGCCAGGUAUAAAUGCAGAUGUCUUCUAUUCUGGAUUGAAACCUCAACACGGAACUGUGGACAACGAGCCCAGCGAGGAACAAUUAUCACAGCUUUUCCACAAUCCAAGACACGCAACGACACUGCUCCGAAAGAAAUCCAGUAGUCUUCCCUCAUCGAAACGGCGUUUUCAUACUUCGCGACCCUCACCACAGAAAGCCUCGGACACCGAUGAGGAAAGCAUCAAAGAACUUGCUGCAGACAUGGCCAAGGACGCUCAAAGACUCAAGACGGCUCAACCAGUCGCCAAUAUCGCGCCGUAUCAGAUGCGAGAGUCGCGAGUCCCGUCUUCCAGAGUUGGCCGCAUUCUCGAGUACGGAGGUCUAGCAGCCAGUAUGGCAUUCGGAGCAGUCAGUGAAAGUAUUAGCCGGUCUGGUGGUCCCCAAGGUUCAAUUAUGCUCAGUGCAGGCAAUAUGGAGCGCCUAGUCGCGAAACUGUCCAAAAUGCGAGGUGCAGCUCUGAAAUUAGGCCAAAUGAUGAGCUUCCAAGAUGCCAAACUGCUGCCCAAGGCCAUUCAUGAUGUGCUGCAACGUGUGCAAGAUAGCGCUGACCACAUGCCUGCGUCCCAGCGUGAUGCAGUGAUCUCAGCCGACCUGGGCCCCAACUGGCGUGACUUGUUCGAGCAAUUUGAAGAGCGCCCUAUGGCUGCAGCCUCUAUUGGGCAGGUCCAUGGUGCUGUCCUGCGCGAUUCUGGGAAGAAGGUUGCGGUGAAAGUGCAGUAUCCUGGGGUGGCAGAGUCAAUCUCUUCAGAUCUGAACAACCUCUCCUUACUCCUCACUGCUUCGCGUCUGUUGCCGAAGGGGCUGUACCUCGACAAGACAAUAGCAAACGCUCGUACCGAGUUAGGUUGGGAAUGCGACUAUAAACGUGAAGCAGAGGCUGCGAAGCGCUUCCGCGAGCUCCUCGCCGAUGAAACGGCGGUCUUUACAGUCCCAGAAGUCUUCGAUCAGGCUUCUGGGAAGCGUGUGUUGACGAUGGAGCGGAUGGAAGGGUUUGCGGUGACGAAGAUUCAAAAUUUUUCGCAAGAGCAGAAAGACUGGAUCGGAAGUCAGAUCCUUCGACUCUGCCUUCGUGAGAUUAUCGAGUUCAAAUACAUGCAGACAGAUCCCAACUGGACGAACUUUCUCUACAACGCCAAAACCAACAGACUGGAACUGCUGGACUUUGGAGCGUCACGAGAGUAUCCAGCUCAAUUCAUUGACUUGUAUGUCAAGGUCCUGGACGCAGCGUCGAGGAAAGACAGGAAUACUUGUCGAGAUUUGUCGAUAAAACUUGGAUACCUUACUGGCUACGAGUCCCGAGCUAUGCUGAACGCACAUAUCGACUCUGUUAUGACGCUUGCAGAACCAUUCAUGGACUCGGCGCCGGAUGUCUAUGACUUCGAAAACCAGACUAUCACUGACCGGGUCCGUGGUCUUAUACCCGUCAUGCUCAGAGAACGUCUGGCACCUCCGCCGGAGGAAACGUACAGUCUACAUCGAAAACUCAGCGGCGCAUUCCUUCUAUGUGCUAGACUUGGCAGUCGAGUUCGAUGCAAAGAUAUGUUUCACCAAGCUCUCGUCAAAGCUGGAAUACGGUGA